CGGGCUUCCGUAGACAGCAGGAGCGAAGGGACCUGCUCGCUGCCACAGCCUGAGAGCAUCCUUUUCCUUUGCUUUCUUAUCAUCCUCACCCAAACACAGCGAAAUGACGGAAAAUCACGAGGAUAGCAUCUCUCCACUCACCGGUUUGCGGUAGUAAAUCGUUACGGGUUACGUUAGCCGUUUGGCUAGCGUAAUGCUACACAACAUGAGGCUUUUUUCUGAUAAAGAGCAGACAUAAUAGCCUGUCUGUGGAAACGAAAAGGAUAUAGUUAUCUAUCACAGCGAGCUGGGCUGAGCUUCUAGCUUUUAGUUUUUUUAAACAAACAUAUCUUGCAACAAAAUGCUCAUCGGCAGAUUUUUUCCUCCUCGGCUGAUGUGAAUGAAAUCAGUGGUGCUCCAGUAAUGAAGAUACACAGAUAAAAGUGUUCGCCUGACAACAUCAAGUAUGGCUAUGUUCAGAAGAUUGUGGCGUCCGGUGACUUUCCGGCGCAGAAGAAAAAUGGCUACAAGCAUGGAUGACAAUUGAAGAAUCUGAACAGGUGCCUGAGACUUUCCUGGUCUAAGACUUAUAGAAAAGAGAGCAGUAUUUUGGCGAUCACCAACCAACAAAUUCUGCGAGUCUGACUAGCCUGAUGCCAUAAGAAAAGGACAUCUGGACUGAAAUGACAGCAGGACCCUCUCCACUGAUGAUGAAUGUUAGUCAGCAGCUCCCCCCUUGUGUGCCAUCACUUUGGAUCACUUAUCAUUUGAAAAUUUAAAGCAUUAGUUGAUGGACUAAUUGGUCAUCGUGAAACUAACUGGACUGUCUUUUAAUAUUGGGAUACCACAUGGCUGCAGCAGCAAUUUGGGACACUGGGAUAGUCACUGACCCAACAUAUGGUCACAUGCCCAUAUCAGCAAAGAUUUAUCCGAAAUACGGGCCUUAAAUCUUAGAUUAUACUGAACUCAUCAUUUGUACUUAUUUGCUAUAUCUACAGUUAUGUACGUUAGUAAAUAACUUCCUGGAUCAUCUCACUCAGGGAUUGAGGCUGAUUACAACAUUUUAGUACUUUUGUCAUGCAGGGAAUCUGGGGACGCACCAGAAACAAGCUGGCAACUAAGACUUGGCAACUCAAUUGUAGCUGACUGUGUGGCCUUCCUAUCCUCAUUAAUGACCCCAUGACCCCUGCAGUAGUCAGAUAUUUGGGUAUCAGCUAACCACAUGUUCUUAUCAGAGAUCUAAUAGCAGCCGUCAGGAUGAGCACAUGUCUGUAGUCGUGCCGCGCCAGCGUUGUCGAGGCUGGCGGUCAUCUUCCACGGCCAUGACCCGGCUGAUGUUGGGCAGGACUCUGGAGCGCAUCUGUAAAGGCGUCCUGCUGCUCUGCCUGCUCCACUUCCUCAUCAUGAUGAUCCUGUACUUCGACGUCUACACGCAGCGCUUCGACCUCUUCAGCCGCUUCAACAACGGCCGCAACGGAUCCAGGAAUAACGUCAGCGGACCAGCAGGGAGCGGACACCAUUAUUACUAUUACAACCUUUCCAGGCCCAACGCUACUUUAGCCAGCUACCUGGCCACAGGGGAGCAGCUGGUGCCGAGUGUGCAGCCCGAGACCAAUCAGACACCUUCCCCCAAACCGCUGCCGCCGUGCCCCGAGAUCCCACUAGGCCUUGUGGGGCGUUUGUUGAUCGAGUUCAGCUCCCAGAUGACGAUGGAACGAGUGCAGAAAGAAAACCCCAACGUGACGGACGGCGGCCGCUACACGCCUCCUGACUGUCGGCCUAGAUGGAAGGUGGCCAUCAUCAUCCCGUUCCGUCACAGAGAAAACCACCUUAAGUACUGGCUCCACUACCUCCACCCUAUCCUCAGACGGCAGAAGAUUGACUACGGCAUCUAUAUCAUCAACCAGUUGGGUGAGGACACCUUCAACCGUGCCAAGUUGUUGAAUGUUGGCUACACUGAGGCUUUGAAGGACGCAGAGUAUGACUGCUUCAUCUUUAGCGACGUGGACCUGAUUCCAAUGGACGACCGCAACCUCUACCACUGCUACGACCAGCCAAGGCACUUUGCCAUCGCCAUGGACAAGUUUGGCUUCAGGCUGCCCUAUGCAGGGUACUUUGGAGGAGUUUCAGGCCUCAGUAAAAAACAGUUUCUGAAGAUCAACGGCUUUCCCAAUGAGUACUGGGGCUGGGGUGGGGAGGACGACGACAUCUACAACAGGAUCACUCUGAAUGGAAUGAAGGUGUCCAGGCCGGACGUUCGCAUUGGCCGCUACAGAAUGAUUAAACACGAGCGAGACAAACACAACGAGCCCAACCCACAGAGAUUUAAUAAGAUACAGAACACAAAGAACACAAUGAAGAAGGACGGCAUCAGCUCUCUGACCUACAGACUGGUUCAGGUCAAAAAGUAUCCUCUGUACACAAAUAUCUCUGUGGAGAUCGGCAAACCCCCGCCCCGGCCUUUUAAGGGAUAAAGAGAGAGGAAGAUGAGGAGUUUGACACACUGACUGGAGAGAAAAAGACGAGGAGAAGAAGAGCCCCUAUGAAGUUUAUAAGAUGGAAAUAAAGAGGUCACAUAUCCUUGACAUCUGGAAAGAUGUCAACGAGAGAGGAGUCAUAAGCACAUCAUGGUCUCUUCCUCUCUUUUUACCCCU